CCUCUGUCUUCUCUCCCGUUUCCUCCCCGCCAUCGCCAUCGCCAUCAGUUCUUGGGGCCUUGAUCCGGUCCCACGCGUCAGCAACGGCGCGACGUCAGCAGAUCCUUGUCGAGGUGCGGCUUCUCCGAUAACCCGAGCCCACGCGAGGCAGGGGAGGUAACUGGCUAGAAGGAGCGAGGGCGCCGGGGGCUAGCCGAGUCCGGGGUUUGACCGAGGCCCGGCAAGAUUCGGCUCGAUCUGCUGCGCCUGAGAGCCAUGGAGCUGGACAGCAUCGAGUGCGUGUCCUACUCCGACGGCAUGGACGACGACGACGACGCCCCAGCGGUGACGCCCCAGCUCCCUCGCCCGUUCCUCAAGUCGUCCACCGCUGGUAGUGCGGCGGCGGCCGUGAAAGUGGUCGUCGUCUCCGACCGCGGCGGGGGCUCCGGGUCGGGAAUCGGGCCGCUGAUAUCGCCGGCCACAGGCGUGCACGAGCUGCUCGAGUGCCCCGUCUGCACCAACUCCAUGUAUCCGCCCAUCCACCAGUGCCAAAAUGGUCACACUCUGUGUUCAACCUGCAAAACCCGGGUGCACAACCGAUGCCCAACCUGUCGGCAAGAGCUCGGUGACAUCAGGUGUCUGGCAUUAGAAAAAGUAGCUGAAUCAGUUGAACUGCUGUGCAAAUACUACUCUCUUGGUUGUCCAGAGGUCUUCCCAUACUACAGCAAACUCAAGCAUGAAUCGCAGUGCAAUUUUAGGCCAUACAAUUGCCCAUAUGCAGGCUCUGAAUGCUCAAUUGUUGGGGAUAUUCCUUUUCUUGUUGCGCAUCUAAGAGAUGAUCAUAAAGUUGACAUGCACUCUGGGUGCACAUUUAAUCAUCGCUAUGUCAAGUCCAACCCAAGGGAGGUCGAAAAUGCAACCUGGAUGUUAACUGUUUUUCAUUGUUUUGGACAGUACUUCUGCUUGCACUUUGAGGCCUUCCAGCUUGGAAUGGCACCAGUGUACAUGGCUUUCCUCCGUUUUAUGGGCGAUGAAAAUGACGCAAGGAACUACAGCUAUAGCCUUGAGGUUGGGGCAAAUGGUAGGAAGAUGAUAUGGGAGGGCACUCCCCGUAGCAUCCGGGACAGCCACCGGAAGGUUAGGGACAGCCAUGACGGCCUAAUAAUUCCGCGCAACAUGGCUCUCUUCUUCUCAUGUGGAGAAAGGAAAGAGUUGAAACUGCGGGUCACAGGCCGUAUCUGGAAGGAACAGCUGAAUCCCGACUCGGGAGCCUGCAUUCCUAAUCUAUUCAGCUGAACUCAAUAACAAGAUUGAUCCAGGUGUAUAUCGAUACGGCCGAUGUGCUUGUGUGUUUCUCUGUAAUUUGAGCUUUGUUAUUUUUAUUGUCCUGCCAAGCUACCAUUGCGGCCUGCCCUAAAUUAGCUAUAAGGCGUAUUGUUGGGAAGAUCAUGAAAAUGCGAGUGCCGCUUGUGGGCUGUGACUGGUUCUCAUGAAUCACAUGAUAAGCAAUUUUCUCGAUUGAUAGGUGUAUCGUAUCAAUUUGA